CCGGAUUCUCUUCCUCCAGAGGCUUUGGCAUCACAUUGACUUCCGCUGCUUUCCUUCUCUGCAGCAUCCUUCGCGGAUCCUCCGUUGUAACCUCUCCACUUCUCCUCUUCAGCAUGUUCUCCCGCGCUGUUCGCCCGGCCCUCAAGGCCGGCAGUGCUACGUUGACCCGUACCGCACCGCCCAAUGCCGCCAACUUCGCGACUCUGCGUGAGAUUGAGGGUCGUCUCAAGUCCAUUAAGAACAUUGAGAAGAUCACCAACACCAUGAAAAUCGUUGCCUCGACACGUCUCACUCGCGCCCAGAAGGCCAUGUCCGAUUCUCGUGCCUACGGUGAGACCUCUAACACGGUCUUCGAGAAGGCUGAGACGAAGCCCAUCGAGGACAAGAAGACUCUUUUCGUCGUUGCCAGCUCCGACAAGGGUCUCUGCGGUGGUAUCCAUUCGGGUCUGAGCAAGGCUACCCGCAGACUGUUGGAGAGCACUCCUAACGCCGACGUCGUGGUUCUCGGAGAGAAGGCCAAGGCCCAGCUCAGCAGGACCAACCCCCAGUCCAUCGUUUUGAGCUUCGCCAACGUCUGCAAGGACAUUCCUUCUUUCGCCGAUGCUCAAACCAUUGCGGAUCAGAUUUCCUUGCUGCCCACAGACUACUCCAGUGUCCAUAUUGUGUACAACAAGUUCCUCAACGCCCAGAGCUAUGAGCCCGCUACGAUCGACGCCUAUUCCGUCGAGGCUAUUACCCAGUCGGCCAACAUCUCUGCUUUUGAGGUCGACUCUGAGGCCCUGUCCAGCCUCCGUGAAUUUGCCCUCGCCAACAGUCUGUUCUGGGCUCUCGCUGAAGGACACGCUUGUGAAAUCUCGGCUCGUCGCAAUGCUAUGGAGAACGCCUCAAAGAACGCUGGUGAGAUGAUCCAGAAGUUCCAGAUCCUGUACAACCGUCAGCGUCAAGCUGCUAUUACCGGUGAACUGGUUGAAAUUAUCACUGGUGCCACCGCAAGUGAGGAUCUUUAGAAGCUGUCUCCCUGAAGCUUCUGUGGGAAGAGGCCACAUUAUUAUGUGUAAACUCGUCCUUAUAUACCUAGAUUCUUUCGUCAAUUGUAAAAAUCAACUUUGAACCGUUUAUUGCUGCUUUGUCUUUUCUCUCUCUUCGCUAUGUUUCACUUUCUCUGGAUUAGGACUCUUGUGGCUACUAUUUCAUGCUUUAGUGACUUUCCUCCCUUUGAAAGUGAUCGUGUAGCAUACCUAACUGCAGGUACAGUCUGAAGAAGGCCACCAGUGCCUGGGUUUGCUUUUUAAUUUGGGGUGUUUUGUUCUGGGAGGGUUGGAAAGGUUCUGGCAUUCCCAAUCCACCUUGCAUAGUGAAGGCACCUUCCAUUCACUUUCCAUAGGCGCCUUUCACACUUUUUGAGGAUAAAUUCCCACUGAAUCCCAGCAAAGUUCUCUUCUUUCCUCUCAUAACUCCCAGGCUCUAGUCUAGAACAAGAUUCUCAGAACAACAGCUUUGCUAUUUAUCUGAU